AUGAAAAUAUUAAUUGUGUUUUUAUUUGCUGUUGCUUAUUGCUAUCCAAUUGUAGUAACGAAUACAGACUUAAGCUCUUCUGAUUUAUUUAUCAAUUAAAUAGAUUUGAUGAGUAAAAUAAGACAACAAGUAUAUUAAAAUAUUAUUGCAGUAGGAAAACAAAAAAGUUAUCUUAAUAAAUAUUCAAACAUCUCAUUAAGAUAACGAAAUAUUCUAAAGCAAAUUACUCAAAAAGAUAGAAAGUUUAAAGAAUUUUACAAAAUUGUUAAAAUCUAAAUCCACUUUUGUUUCCCCAUUUGUUGAUUAUUCUCCAAUCCAGUUUACUUAAGGACUCUAAAAGGAUAAUUAAGUAAUUUACUUUAUUUAUUCAAGAUUGAAGUAUAAAAUAUCCCUAUGAACUUUUAAAAUCUUAAGGCACUUGAUAAAUUUGCUUAACAAUAAGAUGCUAUCUUAAUUGUACUAUUUUCAAAAAUAUCUUCAAAUGUGAAGGUUUUAGAAGAAAUUACUGAAACUUCAGAAGUAUAUAUUGAUAUAUCAUUAUUUUAGCCCUCUGAUUAAAUUAUAGCUGUAGAGUUAGCUGAUGAGAACGAACUAUCUUCAAAUACUGUAAAAAGAAUUAUAAUAUAUAUAGAUAUACACAGUCACUUCUAAUUAAUUAACAGGAUACAUUGUCUUCUUUGUUUCAAUGUUUGCUUUAUGGAUAGCUGUCUAAUGUAAUGGAGCAAUUUAAACUCCAGAAAGAUUUUCAAAAUAAAAUUAUUAUAUUGGAAAAGAAAGUUGAU